AGGCCAUCGCCCGCUCCCAUACGCCGAGGCUGCGAAAACACUGGGAAUUGGAGAGCUCAUAGCAUCUGCCAACAGCGUUCACUUCGCGGACAAUUCAUUACUCAAACGAAGUAGUUGUGUGCAUCUGAAUGGGCACAGAAAGUGUCAGAAGCCGUGCUGUCGCCUCAUGCUAGCUGCGUAACGUUAGUUUAGACUGACAAUGAAACAAAAGCUUGCAAUGUGUCAGCGGGAACAUCCCAAUUAAAAACGCCACUGAAAAUACUAGGACACCGGAGCUGUAAUUUACGAGAUUGAAGAAUUUGGGGGAAGGGAUAAGAAUCACCUUUGAUGGCGAUGUGAUUCCACCAGAGCUGUCCUUCUUCGAAGGCCGGCCCGGCCCAAGCAACACUAUCAUCUAGGCACACUCUCCUGGAAGCCUUUUCAAUUUCCAGAAAUUUCCCAUGAAUUGAGCAAACCCUGGUUCCUCCUGAGAAGACUCUCUCCUCUCAACACCUGAUAGCUGGGGCCUGUCUCGCCUCCCGUCUCCUCUGCCUGCCUCUCUCCCUCUCCCUCUCCCUCUCCCUCUGCGCGUGGAUGAUGUCGCGGCACAAUCCGCGCUUCGAGAGGGACUUCCGGGGGGCGUGGGAGCGGCGCGACCGCUGCACCUCGUUGGUGGCCAGCGCCUGUGGCAACGGCAACAACAACAUCAACGGCCUCCACAGCACCGCAGGAGGAGUCGGCGGCCUGGCCAAUGGCUGCACAGGACCGCCAGGAGGAGGCGGGGUCUCUGUGCCUGUGGUCGCCGGCGGCAACAACCGCCCGGGUCUGCUGCCCCUGCCCGUUAUCCCGUCGCUGCUGCCCACGCCGCCGCAGGUUACCGUGCCAACCGCCAUGCCCCCCACCACCUCCUCCUCCUCUGGCGGCUCAGAGCUGGCCUGCAAACGCCUACUGCCCAACCCCACCACCACCAGCUCUAAGGUACCCGUGAUGCCCACGAUAGACAGCCAGGCCCAGGGGCAGGUGCUGGCCUCAGGGGUGAGGUGGGGCCAGACACCCAUCAACCAGUCCACGCCCUGGGAGACGGACGAGCCUCCUGCCAAGCAGAUGAGGGAUAAAGACCUCACAGGUCCCCUGUGGCCCCCAGUGCCCCCGGUCAGCCAGCCCAGCCUGCUGCAGGCCCAGUCCCACUCCUACGGCAUGCCCCAGCCGCCGGCCUACAGCCAGGGCGUCACCGUGCAAGCGCCCAUCAUCGGCGUGACCCCCACGCUGCCCAACCCGGGCCAGCCCCAGCCCCCACCAGUGGCCCCCCACCACCCGCUCAUGAGCGCCCACUACCACCACCACCACCACCACCACCCGCUCCAGCCCCAGCCCCAGCAGCCGUCCCAGCCCCUGGCCAACAUGGUGCUCAACAUGCACAGCCAGCCCCCGCUGGGCGUGGCGGGCCUACCGCCCAUCACCAUGUCCCCCAUGACGGGUGUGUGCCACCCCGUGCACACCGUGGUGGGCAACGGCCACAUGCACAACCCCAUGGUGCCUCCGCCCCCGCCACCGCCGCCCCAGCAGCCGUCCACAGCAGCAGUGGGCGCGACGGGAUUGCCUGCCAUGGCGGCAGCCACCCACCCGAUACAGCCGCCCCCACUGACCAAUGGCCAGGCGGCCAUGCAUCAUCAGCAGCCCGCAGCAGGACUGGUAGGGGCGGCGCCCGCCAUCGCAGCCGAGGGGGGCGGCACCAACGGACUGCAGAUGCUCAGGACUGUGGGGAUGGGGAAGUAUGAGUUCACCGACCCCUGGCAUCCCAAAGAAAUGUUGAAGGAAUUGAACCAGCAGCGGCGAGCGAAAGAGUUUACAGACCUGACAAUAAUUGUUGAAGGCAAAGAGUUUGAAGUCCAUCAAAAUGUUCUAGCUUCCUGCAGCUUAUAUUUCAAGGACAUGGUUAAAAGGCUGUCGGCGGAGAGGUGUGGUGGCGAGAAGCUGCGUCUGAGCAUGAGCAACAUCGGCGCGGAGGUGCUGGAGCUGCUGCUGGAGUUUGUCUACACCGGCUCGCUCAUCAUCCACUCGGCCAACGCCAAGACCCUGCUGGAGGCCGCCAACAAGUUCCAGUUCAACACCUUCUGCAAAGUCUGCGUCUCCUUCCUCGAGAAGCAGCUGACGGCCAGUAACUGCCUGGGCGUGCUGGCCAUGGCGGAGGCCAUGCAGUGCACGGAGCUCCACAACAUGGCCAAGGCCUUCGCCCUGCAGAACUUCCCCGAGGUGGCGGGCCAGGAGGAGAUCCUCAGCGUCUCCAAGGACGACCUGGUCAGCUACAUGUCCAACGACAGCCUCAACACCAAGGCAGAGGAGCUGGUCUAUGAGACGGUCAUCAAGUGGAUCAAGAAGGACCCCGCCAGCAGAGUGCAGCAUUUGUCGGAGCUACUGGCGGUGGUGCGUCUGCCCUUCAUCCACCCGUCCUACCUGCUGAACGUGGUGGAUAACGAGGAGCUCAUCAAGUCUUCGGAGGCCUGCCGCGACCUGGUCAACGAGGCCAAGCGCUACCACAUGCUGCCCCACGCGCGCCAGGACAUGCAGACGCCGCGCACCAGGCCGCGCCUCUCCGCAGGAGUGGCGGAGGUGAUCGUGCUGGUGGGGGGUCGGCAGGUCAUCGGCAUGAACCAGCGCUCGCUGACGGCCGUCACCUGUUUCAACCCGCAGAACAACAAGUGGUACCCGCUGGCCAGCCUUCCCUUCUACGACCGAGAGUUCUUCGCCGUCAUAUCGGCGGGGGAUAAUAUCUACCUGUCAGGUGGCAUGGAGUCGGGCGUCACCCUGUCAGACGUGUGGUGCUACAUGUCCCUGCUGGAUAACUGGAACCUGGUGUCCCGCAUGACGGUCCCCCGCUGCCGGCACAACAGCGUGGUCUACGACGGCAAGCUCUACACCAUCGGCGGCCUCGGAGUGGCAGGCAACUUGGACAACGUGGAGAGGUACGACACCAUCACAAAUCAGUGGGAGACUGUGUCGCCGCUCCCCAAGCCGGUGCACUCUGCGGCCGCCACCGUGUGCGGGGGCAAGAUUUACGUGUUCGGGGGCGUGAACGAGGCCAGCCGCUCGGCGGGGGUCCUACAGUCCUACCUGCCCCAGACCAACACCUGGAGCUUCAUCGAGUCGCCCAUGAUCGAUAACAAAUACGCCCCCGCCGUCACCCUGAAUGGCUUCAUCUUCAUCCUGGGCGGAGCCUACGCGCGGGCCACCACCAUCUACGACCCGGAGAAGGGCAACAUCAAGGCCGGCCCCAACAUGAACCACUCCAGGCAGUUCUGCAGCGCGGCCAUCUUGGACGGCAAGAUCUACGCGACGGGGGGCAUCGUGAGCAGCGAGGGCCCGGCGCUCAGCAACAUGGAGGCCUUCGACCCGUGCGUCAACUCCUGGAAGCUGCAGCAGAGUCUGCCCUGCCCGCUCUUCAGGCACGGCUGCGUGGUCAUCAAGAAGUACAUCCAGAGCGGCUGACGAGGGGGAACAUGAGCCCCGCUGCCGCACGCCGACACCCCCCCCUAA